UCCAAACCCGCAAGGGUCGACAUCCUUUGGAUUCGCAACGAACUAUUCUACGUGGCAUACACAGUUUUAGAACUGUUUUGUAGUUUCAAAUUAUUUUUCAAAAGUUUACAAAGAUAAAGUGUAUCUUUUACACCUUCGUUUUCGUCAUUAUAUCAUGAACAGUCAGUGUAACUGCUGAUAUUCUUUUGAUAAUUUCUUCAGACUUUCUUUUAUUCCGUUUGAAUUUUGCGUAAAGCUACUGGAGGGCUAUCUUUGUUAAUCAUCCCUAAUUUAGAAGCCACGAUUAAAUAGAAGGCAGCUAGUUAACCAACACAACCCGUCGUCUUGAGCUAUUCUGAUCGAAUAAUAUAAUUUGACCGUCAUUCUUAUAACGCACCCAAGGCCUUAUACUUAUAGAGCAGAGCGCGAUUAUUAAUAUUUGUUGUUGUUAUGGUAACGGGUGCGAACCUAGGACUUCAGUCCAGUGUCUGACACACCCACUGGGACACACUCAACCUAAUGUAAAUUAAACCUGUAAAUCAACGAACCUUGUGCCUUCCAAUGAACUUGAAGCACUAACUGUUUUACAUACAGUUUAGAAAGAGUGUGAUUGGUUAAUGAUUAUUAAAGGAACGUCCUAUUAAUGACGUAAAUAAAGUAUGAUCCAUCAACUAAUCUAUUCCUAGACGUUAUUCACUCGUUGCUAUUUUAUAUGUACUUUUAAUGGCUUGUUCCAGUGUUAGCAAAUAUCAGUAUUACCACGUAUGCGGUGGACACUUUCUCUAACACAAACAAUGACGUAAACAAUGAACGAUCCAUUAAAUAGCCCGUAAAAUAAGUUAUUCCCUCGUUGCUGUUAUAUGGUUUUUUAAUGGUGUGUUUCAGUAUCAGCCAACAUCAACAUUAUUACGCGUGCGUUGUAAUGAGAUUAAAAACUAACUAUAUUAAAACACGUAACUUUGUAUCAACAUAUUCAGAAUUAGAUGGUUGAUCAUUGACAGAAGAGCGUCGUGAUGAAGUUUGUCAUAUUAGUUUUCAUUUCUGUCCUAGUUUCAUCUGAGAAAGUUACUUUUCUUAGAUUCCGGAAAUUCAAGAAUAUUGCAGUUGAUCACAAACCGAAUAAUACAGUUUUAACUGAACUGAAGACAACUGAUCGUAAUGACUGUCUUGUAGCAUGCGCUAAAGAAGAACAAUGUGGGGCUAUUAAUCAUAGACCAAGUGGAUCGGAAUGUGAUCUGUUAAACAACCUGUAUGAAGACAUGUCUUUAUUCUCACAUUUUCCUGGUAAUAAUGUUUAUGUUAAGCUUCUGAAGUGUUCAGACAGACCUUGUCAGAACGGAGGGACUUGUGAAGACAUUUCGCCUACCAUGAGGAAUGGCACUUUUCGUCAACAUAUCUGUUCUUGUCCACCCGAGUACUGUGGAUUGGACUGUCAGAAAACACGCUACGUUGCAAUUCGUGACUCAGAUUUGAAGACGAAAGACACUGGAGAUGAAAAAACAACCUCAACAGUGGAGGAAUGCUACAGCUUUUGCCAGGACAAUAAACAUUACUGCUUGAGCGCCGGAUUCGACGAACAACAAAAGAAAUGUUACACUUAUUACUACCCCUCGUUUGUUAUCGGAAACGAAAUUUUAGUGGAAAAGAUUGGUUUUACCUUCAUUCACCCUGUUGAUGAAUGUUGAUUACUUCACUAUUAACGUCAGUACACUAGUUGUCAGUAUAGUUAGAGAUGACAUUUUAAAGUUUUUUUAAUAUCGUAAUACUUUGGACCCCAUUGCACUAUAUUACCUAUCAAAUUAUUAUUAUUGUUAUCUACAUUUUACAACACACUUUCAUUACACGCACCAUUACUUAGAAGAACAUAAAUUAAAAGACAAAUAAUCACUAGCUUUCUGUCCUUUGUUGUUUCGUCGUCAGUAAUUUUGUUACAACGUGCAUCAAGAUUUUGUCAACGAAUCACCCCAGUGACAAUGACCAUUUUUUUAGAAUUAUUGUCUCAGUGGGUAAGUUGUAUUUGAUGUGCCACAGUUGUGUUUCACUGCGUUUUUUUUUGAAGCUUUGUCAACUUGCAGGAAGUGUUUGACAUGUUUUUCAAAGGAAGUACUCCUGUAUUAACUUAUUGUGCACGUAGUUAUCAGUUUGUUGGAUUUAUUGUAACAGUAUGUAGUUUGUACUUGAUGAGUGUCUCACUAGAAAUUACUAUGAUAAUGUACUGUAAUAGUAAUGUAAUUAAUAAUUACUUUAAUAAACAGUAAAAGCUCGUUAGGAUGCUUGAAAUCACAAAUUGGUUUAAUUCAUAUUUUACAACAUGUAUUUCGGAAUGAAUAUACGUAAUUUGGCAUCAAGAAUGGAAUUCCGAUAGUGGUUUUGUGAUAACUUUUAGGAUUCAGAUGUGCAUAAAGUUUAAUAUAUUACCAGCUUCCCUUUCUGCAUUACUUGUAUACGAAGACCACAAUACCAAUUUCAAAUCAAAUACAAUUUCCACAAAACAAAAUAUUCCAUAUGAAUACUCAAAGAAUUCAAAACAUACUUUAUAAUAAGUUAUGAAGACACUCACUUCUUCUAUACUGUAAACUAUAGGCUUAACUUAAUAGUAGACUUAAGAGACCUACACAUGUCUGUUUUAUUUACAUUAAUGUGUGUGUUAAUACCAACGACAUGCGAGUUAAAUGGGUGACAAGUUUAAGAAGAUUUAAUGAUAUACCUUUUGGUUAGUUUACUAUUCAUAAUACAAUGUUAAUUACAUCCCAAUGAUGAAAUUGUGUGAGAGAUUUUAUACAAUACAACAAAUGUUUAAUGUUUAUGGUAGGGAUCAGACAUGUUGAUAAUUUCAUCACGUGAGUAACUUACAGUAUUUAAGUAUACGUUGGAAGGAUUAAAACACGCAAACUAUGUAACACUGUUUCACUAACUGAGUUAUCUUAUAGCCUGUAACUCCUGGAAUAUUGGGAAAUUUUCAGACAUUUGUUUUGGUGAUGAGAGCCAUUUCAAAUAGUUUAGGGGAAAGAAAUGAGAGGAGGGUACUAUAAUGUUAGCUGCAUUUUGCUCUAUGUAGACGUUCUUCAAUCACUAGAACGUGGAGUUUUUCCAACAACAUUAUGUUUGAUGCUAUAGCGUAGCGCUACGCCAUAUCAGAAAAUCUAUCAUCAAAUCUCCAUCCUAAAUAGUAGCACUGUUCGGAAUGUAAAGAAAUUCGUAUUUGGAAUUUUCAACGUGAUCAACAAUUUAUGCGUACAUGGAAUAAACGUGUUCAUAAUGACUGA